GACUGACGGAUCAAACACCUGUGUACACAGCCCACACUACAUACAAUAUUAAAAUAAUAAAUAUACAGCGCUUAUCAAUACUUUAGCAGCUUAUAGUAACCCAUCGAGCACAAGCCUCUUAGCAAGCUUCGUUAACGCUACUGCAUACUUUAAUAAUCCUGUUUGAAAGCUUGUGGAUUCCGUAAGAAGUAGACAACAUGGCACCCCUACCCAAAGAAAUCCUGGAUGCAGAGCGUAUCGAGAUGCAACACCGAGACAACUGUGCUAGCUUCUUGGUACCACUAAACCGCUGUAGGUACGAGACCAGAUACAAGACCUGGAAGUGCACAGACGAGCGACAUGCCUACGAGAAGUGUCAGUACGAAGAGUACUGUAAGCGUAUGGAACUCGCCAAGGCCGCCAAAGCAGCUGCUGCGGCAUCGGAGUAAUUGAUAGGAAGGCUAUCUUCGCGUGUUAUGCCCUGGAUUGGAUGCUUAGGGACUGGUACACUUUCCAGCGCUUCGCAUGCUGUUUAUGGGGUGGGUAGACCGAUACUGUAUGCACAACUUGGAUUGUAUUGGUAAGUAGGGUUUACCAUAUCUUCAGUGAGAAUCACUCCCGAGUAGACACGGUACUGUUCGGGAGUUAUGCAGCAGACAUUUCCCUGAAACUUCUUCAAUAUGGUAGAAUUGAUCACGAGAUGUGGGGUAUAUUGUCAAGUAUAGUGGUUGCUCAUGUACCUUAUCCUCAUGUGUACGCCGCUAAGUGACGUUGAGGUGCUUCGAAUCGUCUACCUGGGGCAGGCGGUGCGAGGAAACUAUAAAUAAAUAUGAAAACGCUCAGAUGCAAAUGUACGGCA